CAAACAGUCAGUCGAUUCCUCAAUCGUGAUAUUUCAACAUCCCUAAAGAUGAGACUGAUUAUUAGCAGUACCAUUGUUGGCUUCCUGAUAACGAAUAGCGUCCUCUGUGAAACCCAUCAGGAUCAGAAUCAGCACGAAGAUUCCUUGAAGUUGAACCCGGCUUAUUCGGGUACCCGCAACAGGAUCCUGAAUCAAUUACCUCAAGAUGUUCUCAAGUUUCUGGAGACGUUAUCACAUCUCCGCAGGACAACAAUGUUCAAGGAAAACUACCUUGCGGAUACUUCGAACUGGAAUGACCUGACAAGUAUAAACAGUGAACUGAUGGUUAAACGAGAUCAGCUCAGUUAUUAUAAAUGUUACCUAAAUCCUGUUUCGUGUUUCCGGAAAUGACAUAAUCAGUAAUGUCCCCGGCAACUAGACCUAACGGAAUAAUCGAACCUACAACAGUAUUGCAAUCGUUAUAUAAUUAAUUUAUCUAUAACUUAAUAAAUAAUCAACUAAAUUAAGCCAGCACUAUAAUAUAGUCGGUAUUCGACUACAGUGUCCGAAUGUCAGACGCAUUUGAUAGUAGAUAAAAUUAAAAAAUAUAUGAAGCCUGUGCGAAUCCGAAUAGCCAUUCUGUUUAAAUUGAACGGAAAAGAGAGGAAGAGCUAGUACCGAA